CGAGAUUUCUUGACUCGAGCUUUGCAUCCUUCUCGUCCUUGAAAUGCAUUCGCAUUCUAGCGCUCUUCGUUGCUCGAUGAGUGACUGUCAUUCCUGCCCCUCUAAAGUACGGUACUUUUCACGGCUCCGGUAGGCAGACUGGCACCAGGUCCAGUCUAGUUUCUGACCAAAAGUCCGCCCCACCUACCAUACAUUAGCCGUACUUCCCCUCUGGUCUGCAGGAACCCAUCGUGUCUUUUACUUGGUGUCUUUAGCCUUUACACAUUCAUCACUCGGGCCAUACCCUCUUGCCUCUAACUCCUAUCGGUGGUUCAUGGUUAAGGUGCAGAAGCAGAGGCACAAGCAGAAUCCCUGUCUGUGAUGGGAAUUACAGUAAAGUUUACUUGUUAGUGCAGCCAACGACACCAAGGUUGGACAGAGCAUUACCAGCUUCUUUUGCUGCUCUCUAGAUACUAUCGGCGGACUGCCCCGGCACAUGGGUUUUCGUCGCUUGUCAGCGUUGCCCAUGUUGCCAAGCGAACAAUGUGGUAGUAGUGAGCCGGACAAAGAAGCGGGGACCCUUUACCACGGCCAUUGAUGAUUGAUGACGCCAGCCGUUGCUUGAAUCUCAAGUAGGUAAAUAUCUUUGCUCUCAACACACGCCCAUCAUGUCGCCUCCACGGCCGGGUGCACCGCCCGGGUGUGAGGUACCUACCCCUGUACGGGCACUGCGAUAGCGACAAGGAUCAGGCAUGGUUGCUCUAUGUAUGGCACCCAUACUCCUCCCAUGCCACUUUGUGUUGCAUUCACUGGAUGUUGUGGUGUAUGUCAUGGCACUUGCAUCCGGAGCUCUCUGUUUCCCUUGGGAGCUCGACUUGGGUUUCGCCGAGGAGUACGAUGGUAUUCCUCAUCGGGCAGCCCUCCUCUCCAGUGUUAUUAUGUGAUGGCUGGGAAAUCAAGGCCCAUGUUGCAUAGGUGACGGCUCGGCUCAUCUCGCCGCUUGCUGAUAUGUAUUUGGCAAGCUGCUGCCCUCCACUGCUACCUACCUGCAGAAAAGUCUCUCCUCCUUCUUUGCCCGCGCUUGUCUAUGAGGUCGCAAGCAGUCGGUCGCUUACAGCAAACUCGGCCAGGUCUGGAUUGGCGUUCACGUAGUUGCACAACAACUUAUUGGCACUAGAAAAGCCAAUAGAGCUACUGUCUACAAGCAGCCACUACGACAUAGCAACUGCACAGCUUUGGUGCCGGCUACCUACUGCUUACUAAAGUUAGCCACGAACAUUUGACUUCCAUACCGGCUGUACAUAAAUCAGUUGCAGGCUUGACACGCUUUAAGUAUCUGGAGAAACUCAGGUGGUAUUUACAAAGUCAAAGCUACUUGCUUGCUGUCUCGCGAGGAAAUGGUACUAUCAUGGCAGUUUUGGGCUACGGCGGCCCUGGCGCUCAGUCCAUUCGUUGCUGGCGCCGGGGAGCAGUCCAUCCAAGGUCGCAAUGAAACGACUGAGAUCGAGGCAGGAGUAUUGCUUCACUGCAAGCACAAGGAAGGCUACCUCUGCUUUGAUCAUUGCUUUGAUGGUGGCCAAGGAAGUUGUGCUGCCUACUUUGAGAGCAAGGGGGUGCCGCCCAAGACCAUAAUAUCGACUGUAACAACUAGGUCUUUACUCACAGAUACGAUAACUGUGACCAAGACAUCAACUGCAACUGAGACGUCAACUAUGACGAAAACUUCGACGGUUCAAUCGAUUGUUUGGGCAACAGACACUGUCACCGAGUCCUUCACAGCAACAAAGACGGCAACAGAGACCGCAACGGCUACGGAGACUGUGCGACAGACCACACGGCUGACCACCACAGCUACCACAACCAGCCUGUCAACUGUGGUAACAACGUUCCCGCCUAUGACUGUUACCAUGACUCUCUCGGGGACAACAGUCUUCAGCACCAUUUCCGCAAGCACUAUGACACGCGUUGAGACUGUAGAGGUCAUUCAAACCAUCACUCUAGCACCAGAGACACUUAUCCUGGCCACCACAACGCCUUCGCCAGUAACUGCCUGCCCGGCACCUACAGCAGCAGCUCUUGGAGCCCCUCGAUCUAGCAGUUUCAGGCUGAAAUGGGGCUGUGAACCCGGCUACGUCUGUAGUCCUCCAAAGCCAGAGGGCUGCAACGCUUGGGGCAGUUGUCCUCCAAAGGAUUACGUUUGUGAGCCACAGUAUUGCCGCCCUGCUCCGCCACCUCAAAUAGCCCCCGAGACAAGCAGCAAUGAGACCGGCUGGGUGCCUCCCAAUCCCUUUUACUUCAAUUUAGAUCCCACAAAGUUCGGACUCACAGGCUCAAUUUUUGAGAAGUACGAGAUCAUUCAGGUGGUUGAAGGACGGACAAUAACGGUCACCACCGGUGACUGGACUCCCCAUGCCUCCGUGGCCCAAGCCACAGCCGCUCCAGGAAACCCAGGCUUGCAUAUGUACAAACCCAGGAAGCGCGGCGAUAAGCCCAUUGGCCCACGCAAGAUCCUGUCUUGGAAGAACCUCAGGAACGUCAUGAAGCAUGCCAAGAGACUAUACCGGCGGCAGAACGGGGCACGCAUCCCCGAAAGAAUGUCCAUUUGCUACACGCCGUGCAACGCAGCUUUCAUUGCAGCUCAGGAUAUAGGUUUGGUUCCACGACUUUGCGUGGAAGGCUCCUCAUACCAGGACGACGUAAAUGGCUGCUGGGAAUGCCUCGAUCUGUGGAGGAAUGAAACACAAACGGGUAACGUCAGGGAGUACGUCGGAGACCAGUUCGAAGAAUAUCUCGCGUACUGCGAUGUCAACGACGGCACAGUCCCGCCAUCGGGUCCGCAGAGCAUCGUAUCAACAGAACCAGGUCUCACAUCGGCUUCUCAAGGCGGAGCUGUCACAAGCGGAGCGCCCAUCCCGAUCAGUUCAACCUUGGCCUCAGCUUCAGACUUGACUUCAGACUCGUCUUCGGCCACUACUUUGCCGUCAAUCACUGGCCCUGGCCCAACACCAACAGGCUCCAGUCCACCGUCGACUACCGCAACACCUAGGACCACACCAUCCGUUCCGGUAGUUUCUACGACGCCAUCGCCGCCCACUGUGACAACAGCUGGGGCAGUCUUCUUGAGGAGCAGUCCAGCCAACGCUCUUCUGUUGACGCUUCUUGCAGUCAUAGUUGGCCAACUUUGAGCCUGCCGGGGGCAUCUACUCCAUUUGGCUCGGCGUUUUUGUUUUUCUUAGUCCCUCCCUCUGAUCUACUAAUGUGUAAUGCGGUCUUAAUGAUUUUGAACCUGGACCAUAGUUGAGAUAUGAAUUUGUCUCAGCCCUGCAAGAGGUAUUUCCUAUGUACAUUCUCGAUAUACUUACUCUCUUGGCUACAUACACCCCACUGCGAAUACAUUCCUUUAUAGGUUAUAGAAGCAGCCAUGAACCUUGGGUUUUGACUUGAGGAAAGACUGAAAUUGGAAAAUUUUGGUCUGAACUAUGUCAAAUGAUUUGAGAGGACGAUACCAGGUUUCCUACCACUCUUUACAUGCUCCACGGCGGGAAAGCCUGCUCAUAUUGCCGUGAGCCCCGUUGUUUAUAUACAUCCCAACUUCAGUUUCGCCAAGGCAAACUAGUUUAACGAUAGAUGACAAUCCGAUACCAAACAC